GGAACAGUAGCAGCCGGCCGGCGCAAGUUUUUCCUCUUUCCUUCCUUCUCAGUUCCGAACAAAGUUUUAUUCAUUUAUUUAUUUUGGUCCGCUUUUCUUGCUGUUUGCAUUUUGCGGUAAACUAAGAAUGGUAGGUUCCAGGGGGAGUUCCAGUUGAUGUGCACUCGGUAUUGUGCCGUUUCUUUUUAUAUGUUGAGACAAUGGCAGCUGCAACUUCCUUGCUUUCGCCCUGUGAAAUGCGAAUCUGUGGCCACUAUGGCCAGUUUAAGGUGCAUGGAGGUUUACUACAUUCGGGCAUGAUGGAGAAGACCCGCUUACACUCGUUUAGCUCGUCUCUUUCAUCGCAUUCAGUGCGACAGGAUGCUUGGAGUCUCUACGUUUUGAAAAAUGUACAUGGCCCCCUAUGCCCUAAUAAUGCUAAAUUUAAUGGUUUUAUGUGCCGAUCCCUAUUAAAACCCGGUGGAGGAAAUGAGAUUCCUGUUCUGAAAGCAGCUGCAAAAAUAAUUUCCAGCAGGUCACAUGGUACUUUGCAUGGAAGUCCUCCUGUGCUUCAGUUGGUUCCAGCCAUUGGUAUAAUUGCCUUGGCUGCUUGGGGCUUAGGGCCGCUCAUGCGUUUCGGGAGGAUUCUUUUCCUAAGUAAGAAUGAUGGUAGUUGGAAAAAGAGCGGGAUACAUAAUCUUGUGACUUCCUAUCUUCAACCUUUGCUGUUUUGGACUGGAGCAAUGCUCAUUUGCAGAGCACUUGAUCCUGUGAUUCUAACUUCAGUAGCUAGCCAGGCUGUCAAGCGACGGCUUUUGUAUUUUGUACGAUCACUGUCUACUAUUUUUGCCUUUGCCUACUGUUUAUCAAGCUUGAUUCAUCAGACUCAGAAGUUCUUUGUCGAAACAAAAGAAUCUAGUGAUGCAAGAACAAUGGGCUUUGAGUUUGCUGGAAAAGCUGUAUAUACUGCAGUAUGGGUUGCUGCUGUUUCAUUAUUCAUGGAAUUGCUUGGUUUUUCAACCCAGAAGUGGCUAACUGCUGGGGGUCUUGGGACAGUAUUAUUAACCCUUGCUGGUCGUGAGAUUCUCACAAAUUUCCUUUCAAGUGUAAUGAUCCAUGCAACACGGCCAUUUGUUCUCAACGAUUGGAUUCAGACAAAGAUUGAUGGCUAUGAAGUUUCUGGUACAGUUGAGCAUGUCGGAUGGUGGUCACCAACAGUUAUAAGAGGUGAUGACCGUGAAGCAGUUCACAUUCCAAGUCACAAGUUUACAAUGAAUGUAGUUAGGAAUCUUAGCCAGAAGACUCAUUGGCGAAUUAAAUCCAGCCUCGCCAUAAGUCAUUUGGAUGUCAAUAAGAUCAAUAAUAUUGUGUCUGAUAUGCGCAAGGUUUUGGCUAAAAAUCCUCAAAUAGAGCAGCAGAAGUUGCAUAGACGAGUAUUUCUAGAUUAUAUAGAUACAGAGAAUCAGGCACUCAUGAUUAUGGUCUCUUGCUUUGUGAAGACCUCACGGUUUGAAGAGUACCUAUGUGUAAAGGAGUCUAUCUUGCAAGAUCUCCUUAGAGUGAUCAGUCACCAUCGAGCUCGGCUUGCCACCCCCAUACGCACAGUGCAGAAAGUAUAUGGUGAAACUGAUGUGGAAACCAUUCCAUUUUCUGAGACCAUUUUCCGUCGUACUAGAGCGGCAUCUAAUCGUCCUUUCCUGCUGGUUGAUCCUUCUUAUAAAGUUAAUAAUGACAAUAAAAUCAGGACAACAGGUCGUACAGAACAACCUAAUGAAGAAAAAGAUGAGAAGGUUGAAGCAACCUCAACAUCUGAGACUAAGGUGGAUGCUAAAGUUGGACCAACAUCAAUUGUUGAUGAUGACAAAGUCGAUGAUGAGGGCUCCACAGAACUGAUAUCUGACAACAAUCAAAAGGCAACAGUUGAGAGAACUUCAACUUCUGAUGCCUUGCCACAUAUGGGUUCCAUUGAUCCAGGCCAAAGAAAUUCCGUGAAGCAGGUAGCUGAUAGAGCUGUUUCUGAAGAGGCUUCAGCUGUUGCAACAAGUCUGAAUACUGGAGGAAAGGUACCUGAGAUACAGCGUCCAUCUGUCCAAGAAUUUGGCCGUGAUGGCACAGCUGUAUCUUCUAGCGCUUCACAAGCAAUGCCAGAUGUUGAAAGGCAUAUACCAUCAGCGUCAGCUUCAAAGACUACAUUGGAAGAUAAUAUUGUUCUUGGCGUUGCUUUAGAAGGCUCGAAAAUGAGACUUCCAAUUGAGGAAGAUAUGAUACCAGCCCCAACUCAAUCAGAGGUCAAGGACGUAGCUGCCUGCUGGAAUGGAAAUGGGUUGGCUACUGUAGGCAAAGAUAAGCAGGAUGAAAUUGGCGAAAUUCCAAAUGGAGGACCGCGUGAUUUGCAGGAAAAAGAAAAGUGAUCAGUGUCUAGUACUGGCAUAUCUUUUAACAAAGUGCAGAAUGCAUAAAGCGUGUUUUUUGGAGCUGCGUUUUGCACUGUUAUGAAUUUCAUAACACCUGUAAAUGGGAAUGUAUUGAACUCAGAAAUUCAAAAUUCAUUGAAUUUAGAAGUUUAUGCGAGUAUGUUAAAGAGUUUUUUUUUUUUCUUUGAACUUAUAUCAGAAGGAAUCUAUUGUGGGUCAGAAUUUGCAAGACCGUUUGUAUUGAAAGCCCCAAGAGAUAAAAGUUGGUUUUA